AUGGUGUUUUGCAAAGAAAGCAACAGAGAACUUCUCCAAUCCUUAAAGGACAUGGUUCAAAGAGAUCGUGAGGCUGGAGAGUAUGUUUCGCCUCACUUUGAUGGUAUAUUAAAGAGCCUUGAUGAAAUGUCGGCCAGGAACGAUUCUCGCUCGAGAAGGGGGUCUGUUGCAGAGUCGGAUACCAUGUAUCGUCCUGGACGCAAAGAGUUUGAAGUGUUACAGGCAUACAAUUCGCUGGUCAACGCAGGCGGUCGGCCCAUAUGCCCUUUGGGCGAAACGAACCACAUAUCGAAACACCCAGGACUUUACCGUGAGAUUCUACUUCCCUGGGUCAAGGGUUCAUUGAAUAGCCCCGUUUUGGACUGGAAAGACAUUUUUCAACAGCAGCUCGUGAACUGGCAGCUAUUCAGAGCUUGGCAGCGAGCCAACCGGGAUAUACCCCAGCUAGUUGCCUCUUCGGAGAGUUGCAUGGAUGACUCCAUUAAAGAGGAAAAUCGGCUGCUAGUUGCCCGUAACAGUACCUCCGGGUCUAGCACGUUUGAGCUGCACGUAGAGGCGGUCCAGCACCGACUGAGACACCACGGCUUCACCAAGUCAUUCUGUCUAGACGUUGAUGCAAAUCGACAAGACGAGUGGACGACAUGGAUCGAGUACUUGAGCUUCGAAUGCUAUUGCUUCGAUCGCGACGCCCAAUCGUUGCAGACAGAUAUAGGGCGCCGUGGCCGCGACGACUUCCGCCCCGGGUCUGACACCAGCCUGUUCGGCGGCGUGCUGACCUCUCAACCAAGUUUGGCUGUCAAGCCACAAACGGCCAGACCAGCGGACGUCGGUACAACUUUGGCAUCGGAUGCAUCGUCUCCACUUGGUGGCAGCAACGAGGAGAGUCUUGUUGGCCGAAAAUGCCUGCUGAACAGAGUCUGCCGCGCGGGGCGAAGCGACAAGGCUCCGGAUUGUCAGGGCGACGGAUCUGAAACCGAUGAGUCGACGACAACAGCAUGUCACACUCUCAUUCUGAAGUGGGCCCUUGGCCAAGAACGGGAGAUUGCGGCUCAGGUCAUCAAAAAACAUCGAACCAACCAUACGGCGAGGAGCGUAUCAGCCAACGCUGGCCUCGGACAAGUGAAACGAACCAGAGACGGCUCGCCAUGUAACAAAGAAUCGGCGUCCCGGCCUAGAGGGCAUUUUUGGACGCGUCAGGAUAAGAUUCGGGACCCAAGACGCAAGCGUCCCUGCAGUGGAAGAUGA